AUGGCCGCUGGCGAGCACAUCGCGUGUGAGGUCCACUUCCAUUCGGAGGAUGAGUACGGCCUCGAGGUGCGCCGCCCCAGCGCUUCGCGCAUGGCUGGGCACAAGUCACGAUGGGAAGUGAUAGUGGAGCCAAUUCCGCUGGACGGCCACGGCCUCAGCGCCGAAGGGUGGGACAUUGGCAUGCGGAAGAUGGCCAGGGAGCCCUGCAGGCAGCGAGUUCAUGUGGCUGAUGCGGAGAGGUGGCCGUUGCCCCGGAGAAUGAGCGGAAAAAAGCGCCGAAACCUGCACUUCGCCAUCGCCACUCUGGAAACAGGUCCCAAUGGCGAGUUCGCCCCUUUCGCGCUGAAGGCCCGUGUGCGAAUGCCCAAGACGGGCCAACCGCGCGGAGCCGCGGGGCCGCGCCUCGCGCGGAGCCAAGCGAUGCUGCCGCCGGUGGAUGUGCGGCGCCGGAGCGCGGCGUUGCAGGCGGACCCCAAGGCUGUGGAGAUGCGGCACUUCCUGGGCAGCAAAAACCAUGAGAGGCGCAUGCGUGAGCGCGUGGGCCUCGCGGAGCGCGAGCAGACCUUGACCUCCAUGGACAAGGCUGCGCGGGUGCUGCACGAGGCGACGGAGAGUGCCAAGGAGGGUGGCCUGGAUACGCGCUUGGAGUGGCGGGAUGAGAUGGACAGGCGGGUGAAGCGCUUGAUGCUGGAGGCGGACCUGUCGUUGGAGGACACUCUUCAGGAGUUCGACCAGGCCCGACUGCGGUGUGAGCAGCUGGAUAAGACCUAUGCCUGGUUCCAAAAACAUGGCAGGAAAGAAGCCGCCAAGGAACGGGCCAUGCCCUCCUUUCUCCGCUUCGACUCUUCGAGGCCAGCCAUGCCGGGCUCCCUCCGGAACCUGCCGCGGGUGCAGCCGAGCUUCACAGGCCUGGUGCCAGAGGCGCCAGCCAAAAGUGGCUGGAUGCCAUCGCUCAUGCGGCGGUAGCUCGGUAGCUCGGAGCCAGGCGCAAAUGUUUCACUCCAGCUAAUGACCGCCUGCAGCUUCGUGCCGAGCGGCCACUCGGCCUUGCGUAGAGCUGCGCCUGAAUUCGUUUGCAUGUUACAUGGGCUUGUCUCCAAAUGAGGAACCCCCCCUCCACAAAGGGGCUCCGCAACUCAGAGCCCGAGGGGCAGGUUCUAACUUUUGAGGGACAUCCCCACACUUAGCGCGAGGACCGCACAAAACUGUGUUAGUCCGACGAAGGUUUGUCCAGGUUCAUGGUGAGCAGUGGCAUUCUCCUGGAAACUGGUGA